AUCACAUGUCGUCCAACACCGGCUGAACAAAGAAAACCAUAUAGUGCUUUUUGAAUUUGGAAAUAGGACAGCACCAAAUGGUUAGUUGGAAAUGGCGGGUUAAAGGAUGGAUAACUUCAAAUUUUGUAAGACAUUUACAAAGCAAUGCAAUGAAUCAAAACAAACAAUUCAUCAGAAAAGCAUCCACAAUCACCAAUCAAACACUAAAAAAGUUAGACUUUCUAUGGCAUUCAAAUGUCGCAAACCUCAAAGAAGCUUCAAAUUUUUACUAUUCUCAAAUACAACAAUGCAAAUCACUAGAAGAAAUCAUAAACAUUCAAACCCACAUGAAAAAUAAUGGUUUUGCUCCCGAAAAUUUAGGCACUAUUCUCUUCAAUGCAUAUUUGAAAUAUGGUAGCCUUGAUCAUGCACGCCAAGUGUUCGAAGAAUUGCCUCAAAGACAUGUUGUUGUUUGGAAUUCCAUGAUUUCUUGUUACAUUAAGAAACAAAAGAGUGUUGAAGCUGUGAGUUUAUAUAAAAGAAUGGCUUGUGAGGGAGUUUAUCCGAAUGAAUUUACACUAUCUUGUGUUUUGAAAGCAUUUUCUGAUUUGGGUUUUGUCUAUGACGGUCAGAAAGCUCAUGCCAAAGCGGUUGUUUUAGGCUUCGAGGUUUCAGAUGUGUUUGUGGGAAGUGCCCUUGUUGAUAUGUAUGCCAAGUUUGGUAAAAUGAAGAAUGCCCGUUUGGUAGCAGACCGAGUUGUGGAGAAAGAUGUUGUAUUGUUUACUUCAUUGAUUGUUGGGUAUGUUCAAAAUGGGGAAGAUUGUAAAGCAAUGGAGGUUUUUAAUCAAAUGGUUAAGAAAGGAGUUAAGGCUAAUGAGUACACUUAUACUACUUUAUUGGUGAGUUGUGGAAACUUAAAGAAUUUAUUCCUUGGGAAGUUGAUACAUGGGCUUAUAACUAAGUUUGGUCAUGAGUCUAAUAUCUCUUCGCAAACAUCGCUUCUGACUAUGUACUCUAAAUGUGGCUUGGUUGAGGAUUCACUUAACGUUUUUAAUCGUCUUGUCAACCCAAAUUUGGUGACUUGGACAUCUCUUAUUGUUGGUCUUGCACAAAAUGGCAGUGAGGAAGUUGCCUUAUCCAAAUUUUGUGAAAUGAUGCAGAGUUCAGUACUUCCAAACUGUUUUACCUUGUCUGGAGCUCUUGCUGCGUGCUCCAGCCUUGCGAUGCUGGAUCAAGGGAAACAAAUCCACACUAUCAUACUAAAAUUAGGUUUACACUUGAACAAAUUUAUUGGAGCUGCCCUGAUUAAUUUUUAUGGGAGGUGUGGUUGUGUGGAGCAUGCUAGGAUGGUUUAUGAUGCCUUUUCAGAUCGUGAUUUGGUGUUUGUGAACACAAUGAUGUAUGCUUAUGCUCAAAAUGGUUUUGAACACAAGACACUAGAGCUAUAUCAACAAAUGCAAAACAUGGGGCUUAAACCCAAUGAUUUUACUUUUGUCAGUAUACUAGUAGCAUGCGGCAAUGCGGGGCUUGUUAAUGAAGGACGCCGCAUCUUUGACUCUUUUGUUGGUGAUAGUGACAUUCGGAUAACAAAUGAACACUAUGCCUGCAUGGUUGAUAUAUAUGGACGUGCUGGAAGGAUUCAGGAGGCAAUAUCUCUUAUAAACCAAGUUAAUAAUCCUGAUAUUGUUUUAUGGAGGACUUUGCUGAGUGCAUGUAGGACCUAUGGAGAUGUUACCACAGCAGAGAGGAUUCUAAAAAAAGUAAAUGAGCUAUCAUCUAGUGAUGAGGGAAGCUUGGUUCUGUCCUCGAAUCUUUAUGCAUCAAAAGGUAACUGGAACUUGGUUAUGGGGGCGAAGUCUUUAAUGAGGGAGAAACGACUGAAAAAGAGUCCGGCCAUGAGCUGGGUCGUCUUAGGUGGUGAGGUUCAUACUUUCAAGGCAGGGGAUUGCUCCCACACAAGCUUUAGAGAAAUUGAAUGCAUGAUCAAUAAACUGAUGAAAAAAGCUAAAGAGUUGGGAUAUGUUCCAGCUACUAAGUUUGUGUUACAAAACGUCGAUGAGAAGGAGAAAGAGAGAUCCUUGUACUACCACAGCGAGAAACUAGCGAUAGCAUUUGCUCUUUGGAAGACCUCUGGGAAGGCUAGCUGCAUUAGGAUUUACAAAAAUUUAAAGGUUUGUGGGGAUUGCCAUGCUUGGAUAAAGCUGGUCACAAAAGUUGUUGGGAGAGAGAUAAUUGCCAGAGAUAUGAAGAGAUUUCACCAUUUUAAGGAUGGGAUUUGCUCUUGCAAAGAUUAUUGGUGAUUCAUUUAUGGUAUGUUGGCUGACAGAAAGUCGCACGGGCGGAGACACAAUGAGGACAUUGAGCUCAGUUGACGUCACUUAAAUCAAAAUAAAAUCAAGUAAUAUGUGUAAAUAUAUACUAGAUGAGAUGAUUAGUGUUACUGUUUUCCACGUGAAAGACCAGGGCAUUAUGUGCAUUUUACAUAAUUUUAUUAUUAUUAUUUUAAAUUAUUAACGUCACUUUUUUUUUUUUUUCUAGAUUCGCCACUAGAAAGAUGACUUUAAUCUUUUGGGAUUAAGGCUCUGACACCGUUGUUGCUCCUGGCAAUAGAGGUGGCCUAGUGUGUUAGCCCAGUGUUGGAGCUUUCAAUUGAUUGUACUGUUUGAGCUCUUCUAUAUGGUUUGCUAUGACUAUAUGGUGCUGCUGCACUACAUUAAGACUGCUAAACUAUGAUGAUAAGCCUACAGUUUUGUUGCUUUGUUACGUCACACAAGAGGUGGAUGUGGUGAAGUUUCAACGAGAACCAUUUUGUUUUCAAGACAUUAUUACGUACUUCAACUGCACAACUGCGGAGGUAUGCAAAUUUACGCAACUUUCUACUUGCCUUCAUUCUGGAUGUGAAACAAAAGAAGUCAUUUUGCAUUGUACUGACCGAAUAAUUGGGGUUUAGGUUUUGAAGUCAAUUUGGCCAUUCCUGAGUCCCAAUUGAAAUGAGAGCUAAAAUCGAUAAGGUUCGAAGUACCUUGAUGAAUGAUAACAAUUUCAAUUAACUUAACAAAGUUUGAAAGAAAUAAAAUUGCAAAGAUGACACAUUAAGGAGGUUCACCCAAUGAUGGCUAGCUCCAUGGUGUGUAGUUUCUUGUAUAUAUUAUUUCAACGGAGUAAAACUACUCUUACAAACAAAGUACUACAAUUGAGUAAGAGAAUAACUAAGGCUAUGUGUUUAGGUUUAUAGGUUUGUGUUUUAUGUGUUUUGAUGAACAAAUGAGCUUCCUAUUCAUAGGGGAGAUCACACUAAUCAACAUUCAACUCAUUAAAGUAAUGAAUUAAUAACAUUGAAACAACUUCAAAGACUUGAAGAGUCAAAAACAGCAUCAAGGAACAUCAGAAGAUCCGCUCGACCAAAACAGAGGCUCGCUCGGUUGAGCGAGCUACAGGAAGCUACUGAAAGUAUUCCGUUUAAACGCUCGACCCACCCAAGAGCUCGUUCGGUUGAGCAGCUUGGUCGAGCGACCUACAGGAGGCUUCUGGACAGUUUGCUUGACUGAAACAUAGAAGAGUAUCUUUUCCACUCCUUUAAGAUCCAUAACUCCAAUAAUUAAGUCAUACUUUAUCAUCUUCAUCACUUCAUGAAUUAAUCCAUACUUUAAUCACCAUCAUAAAUCACAAACAUUAAGUUACUAACUUAAUUCACCCAUUAACUUACUCCAUAGGAUUCCAUCCCAUAAGUUACAUAUGAAUGCACACAUCAAUUGUGCACUCAAGUCAAAUUAUUCUCAACACCAACUAAUCUUCAUGUCUCUCCUUUGCUACUAAUGUUUCAAUCGGUAAAAAACAUUACUGUUGAGUGUUGACUGUGUUAUGUUUUUAUGUUAUAAGUGUAAAAGGGAGGAAAGUAGCUGCAGUGCGCUUCUUACCUAGCAGGGGUCUUCUGGCCUAAUAUGGAUAAUUUUAAUACAUUAAUAGCCCAAGUGAUCCUCCCUUUCUUUCGGCAAUAUAAUCCUGGCCAAGGUGGAAAUCAAGUGUAGGAUGUCCUUCUUGAGUAACUGAAAUUUUUUCGGUUGAAGUAAACUUGACAUUUUUGUGCUUCUUUAAGAUAUCAGCGAAAUUCUGCUUGCGUCCAUCCAUAAUCAAAAUUUGUUCAUGUUUGACAAAAUCUGAUAUGAUGUCCUGCUUAUUGCUCUCAUUAUACACAUCUUAUUUACCACUAGCAGUUAGACAGAAAAGGGAAAAGUGAAUCAAAUUAUAUAUAGAGGAUGAGGGCAGAUGAAGAGAUCAUCAUCAAAUUUUUGUGUGUGUUAAAGAUUCUUAGCGGAUUUGGGGUUUGAUUAUCUUUUACUAUUGUCUAUGUUUUUCAUUCUUUAUGGAGCUACAUAUCCAUACUUCAUGGAUAGCUCAUUAUAUCAUCGGCACUUCCUAUUUAUGUGAAGUUGCUAAAGAUAUUGCCAAUUAAGGGUCAAUCAUAAACAAUCCAUUCUGAUUCAGACGACGGGCAGUUUCUGAUUAUCGACAACAAUGAGUAGCCUGUGUAUCUGCUAUUUUGAAGGUACACAACUGGGUGGAUAAUGAGACUUGCUUGCUAUCUUAUUUUCAUUCAAUAUGAUAUGAUAAUCACUAAUCAGUGUAGUAUACUAGUACAUGGAGUAGUAAGUAGCAUUUCACCUGAUCAACUCUAGUUGUUUAAGAUUUUUUUUAAGAGCAUGAUAUCUCUAUGUUGAUUUCAAA